UGUUCGCAUUACUCGCCACUGGAAAUUUGCGGAAUAUAACACAGGAACUGGCGGGUUUGGUCGGAUUCUAAAAGCGUUUGUGUGGAGCCUUGGCUCUGGUGUAUUAUGUCGUAGCCGGGUGGCAACGUGCAAAAGUAACUUUUCCCCUGAUAUGAACUACGAUGUGUUAUGUCGUGGUUGCAAAGUUCCUUCGACGCAGAUUGGUGUUAGCAAUCAUUUUUUUCUUUUCAUUGUCCUACUGCAUGGUUCAUCUAAUUAGCAGGAAUAAUAACUUAAGCUUGAAUGGAGACCUACAAACUCAACAUUUGCGGCAUAAAGUAAUCCUGUGGACGAAAACGAAAGCUGAACUAACGAAAGCAGUGCAAGCGGGGGGCGGUACAGCCAACGAAACCGGCGAGCAGCAGAUUCCUACGAACUGCCGCAAUUCCGUUCAGGGCAAGUCGCUUAUCGUAGACGACCGGGGGUACGUUUGCCCGCGGGUGGAACUGCUGCAAAAUGGGUGCUGCGACGAGGCGGACGACGAACCGAGCAAGCAGUUCGCUUGCACCACAUGCAAACCGAACCACUGUUGUGCGGUGUACGAGUACUGCGUGUCCUGCUGCUUAAAUUCCGACAAGCGAUCGAUUCUAGAGGAUGUGUUAGCUAAGGCGAACGGCAGGCAGGUGGCACUGUACGCCGAGGUCACCGAUCAGUUCGAGCUAUGCUUAACCAAAUGCCGCACCAAUUCGCAAUCGGUACAAAACGAAAACAAGUACAGAAAUCCGGAACUCAAGCACUGCUACGGUGAGAUGAACGAAGCACUCUGGCUUGCCACCGAUGGGAAAGAUUCUCAGUGAAACGAAAACGAAGCACUGCUUUAGAUUCACGGCACUUUCGUUUUAACCAUUUACCGAAAGGUGGUUUGCACGGCAGUCGUUGCAUACGGAUCACGCGAUUCCCUGCGAGAAAGCGCGAUUAUUAGGAAAUUAUUUUACACAGUAACAAAUGUAUCUUAGCCCCAAGUAAGCCUCCGGCCUGCCGCAUGUAUGGCCAUGUGCCGUUAGCAGCAUCCCCAUAAUAUGCCCCGUAAACGCUAAUCAAACGGAUUUAUCGUAAAAAAGCGAUACAACAUCGGAUGAUGUAACGCGUGGUCAAACACGUUUCAGGCCGGAAAUUUACUAUGUGAUGUUUUAUUUGCUACACACUUUGCCCCAUAAGUUAUAGCAGAAACCCCCCGUUGUGUGUGGAUGCAAUCGAUGGAAUAUACAAAUAAGAGAAGAACCAAUGAUCAGUAGACAAAUCUAUCAAUAAACACAGUAAAAUGUGUGUGUUAAAAUUAUCAACAAA